CACCGGGCGGCUGGGUGGGAGAAUCUCAGAAGAAACUUUUCCCUCUGUCCCCCGCACCAUCUCGAGUUGCUUAGACGACGCUGGCGGGGAAGACGCCCGUGCUUUGCCCAGGAGACGCCCUUCGGGACCCGUGCAGCCCUGCCCUCGGGGACUUCGGUCCAGCACGGGACCAGGUGGAAGGUUCCUACAGAACAGCCUGGCUUUCCUGGGCCGUCGGUGCUUCCUGGAGUUCCAUGGAAAAUGGGAGGCCUCCCGAUCCCACAGACUGGGCUGUGAUGGACGUUGUCAAUUAUUUCCGAACAGCAGGAUUUGAGGAGCAAGCCGGUGCAUUUCAAGAACAGGAAAUUGAUGGAAAAUCCCUGCUCUUGAUGACGAGAAAUGACGUGUUGACAGGACUUCAGUUAAAACUGGGGCCUGCUCUGAAAAUCUAUGAAUAUCAUGUAAAACCUCUUCAGACCAAGCAUUUAAAGAACAACUCUUCAUAGUAAA